AUGUCACCGCCCUGCUCGCUCCCCGCCCCUGCCUCCUCUGCUCCUCUGCACCUCGCUUCCUCACGCCUCUCACCGCUGCUUGCCUUAUCAUCUGGUGCCGGUGCGGGUGCGGGUGCUGGUGCUGUUGCUGGUGGUGCUGCUAUUAAUGAUGUUUCGGCUGGUGCUGUUGCUGCUGCCGUUUCUGGUGAUGAUGCUGGUCCUUCUGCUGUUGCUGUUGCUCUUGCUGGUGGUGCUGAUGUUGACGUUUCUGCUGUUGCUGUUGCUGCUGCUGGUGCUUCUGCUGCUGCAGGUGCUGCUGCUGGUGCUGUUGCUGCUGCUGGUGCUUCUGCUGCUGCUGGUGCUGUUGCUGCUGCUGGUGCUUCUGCUGCUGCUGGUGCUGUUGCUGCUACUGGUGCUGUUGCUGCUGCUGGUGCUUCUGCUGCUGCUGGUGCUGUUGCUGCUGCUGGUGCUUCUGCUGCUGCUGGUGCUGUUGCUGCUGCUGGUGCUUCUGCUGCUGCUGGUGCUGUUGCUGCUACUGGUGCUGUUGCUGCUGCUGGUGCUUCUGCUGCUGCUGGUGCUGUUGCUGCUGCUGGUGCUGUUGCUGCUGCUGGUGCUUCUGCUGCUGCUGGUGCUGUUGCUGCUGCUGGUGCUGUUGCUGCUGCUGGUGCUUCUGCUGCUGCCGGUGCUGUUGCUGCUACUGGUGCUGUUGCUGCUGCUGGUGCUUCUGCUGCUGCUGGUGCUGUUGCUGCUGCUGGUGCUUCUGCUGCUGCUGGUGCUGUUGCUGCUGCUGGUGCUUCUGCUGCUGCUGGUGCUGUUGCUGCUACUGGUGCUGUUGCUGCUGCUGGUGCUUCUGCUGCUGCUGGUGCUGUUGCUGCUGCUGGUGCUGUUGCUGCUGCUGGUGCUUCUGCUGCUGCUGGUGCUGUUGCUGCUACUGGUGCUGUUGCUGCUGCUGGUGCUUCUGCUGCUGCUGGUGCUGUUGCUGCUGCUGGUGCUUCUGCUGCUGCUGGUGCUGUUGCUGCUGCUGGUGCUUCUGCUGCUGCUGGUGCUGUUGCUGCUACUGGUGCUGUUGCUGCUGCUGGUGCUUCUGCUGCUGCUGGUGCUGUUGCUGCUGCUGGUGCUGUUGCUGCUGCUGGUGCUUCUGCUGCUGCUGGUGCUUCUGCUGCUGCCGGUGCUGUUGCUGCUGCUGGUGCUUCUGCUGCUGCUGGUGCUGUUGCUGCUGCUGGUGCUUCUGCUGCUGCUGGUGCUUCUGCUGCUGCCGGUGCUGUUGCUGCUGCUGGUGCUUCUGCUGCUGCUGGUGCUGUUGCUGCUACUGCCAUCCCGCGCGCCACCAUCCCCUCGCGCACUUUCCUCGCUCUCCGCCAAUCCCCCCCUCGCCUGCCUUUCCGUCGCUGCCUCUGCCUCCUUUCCCUGCGCCUCGCAUCCAUGCCCUUCUUUCCCCGCGUCCCCUUGCCCCCUCUGCGCCCCUCCCUCUGCCCCGCCCUCCGCCAUCAUCGUGCGUGA